UCCUUCAGACAAAAAUAUGGCAUUUAAUGGUACUUGGGAAAUAGACAGAAAUGAAAACUAUGAAAAGUUCAUGGAGGCAAUGGGUAUCAAUAUAGUGAAAAGGAAGUUAGGAGCCCAUGAUAAUCUGAAGAUCGUUAUUCAGCAAGACGGAAACAAAUUUACUGUCAAAGAAUCAAGUAACUUCCGUUCCAUAGAAAUUGAAUUCACUCUUGGAGUCAGUUUUGAGUACAGUUUGGCUGAUGGGACUGUAUUAACUGGCUCUUGGAACAUAGAAGGAAAUAAACUUGCAGGAACAUUUACUAGAAAAGAUAAUGGCAAAUCACUCCUGGCAUUCAGAGAAAUCAUAGGUGAUGAACUUGUUCAGACCUAUAUAUAUGAAGGAGUUGAAGCCAAGAGAAUCUUCAAAAGGGGCUAA